UCGAUACGUUGUUUGCUUUGCCUGCUAUUUGCGAUCAAAAUAAUCAUUACCACAUCCACUGUGUCAAAGAAUAGUUGUGAUUGCAUUGUCUUAGUGAAUUUCGAUAAUGGGUGCCCUGGCCAGCAGGCAGAACGCUGGUGUAGAGGAGGCCGAUGUCGUGUCGAAUCAUGCAUACAAAUAUCCACCUCGCUCAGGUAACUACUUCGGCAGCCACUUCAUCAUGGGUGGCGAGAGAUUUGACACUCCGCAGCCUGAAGCUUACUUGUUUGGAGAAAAUGCAGACUUGAACUUCCUGGGCAGCCGCCCUACUCCUUUCCCGUACCCACCACCACAAUCAAAUGAACCGACCAAAACUCUCAAAAGCCUUGUAAACAUCCGCAAAGAGUCACUCAGAUUCGUCCGCUGCCCGGAACCGGUGGGCAAGCUGGUGGAAAACAACAAGAUUGGAGACGGCGUGAACAAACCCAUGGAGAAUGGGAAGGGGACGUAUUAUAAUAUAGAGUUUACGUUUGACUGUGAUGCCAGGAUUGCCAUCACUAUAUUCUACUUCUGCACUGAGGAAGUUACUCCAACUGGUGUUGUGUACUACCCCCGUGACCCAGCCAUGACCUCCCAGACAUACCACUAUAAGAAAGGCGCCAACCAGCAGUUCUGUCAGCUGGCCCACGUCUUCGACCCGUCCCGACAUGCUGACGAGGAACUAUUAUACAACGCAGACACGGAGAUCAUCCCCGUCGCUAUAUACUGCGUCGUGGAUGAGGGGCAGGAGGAAAUCCGCCAAUCGCACACUACAAUAGCAGUAGUGGAAAAGCACUCUGACGGCACUUACGUACUGAAGGCCCUCAAACAGAAGCUGUUCGUGGACGGGCUGUGCUACCUGCUGCAGGAGAUCUACGGCAUCGAGAACAAGAAUCUCGACACUAAGCCAAGCUCCGACGAGGAAACCGAAGAAGGCGGCUCGGAAUGCGUCAUCUGCAUGUGCGACGUCCGCGACACCCUCAUACUGCCGUGCCGCCAUCUUUGUCUGUGCAACUCGUGCGCGGACUCCCUGCGGUACCAGGCCAACAACUGCCCGAUCUGUAGAGCCCCGUUCAGGGCGCUGCUGCAGAUCAGGGCUCUACAGCGGGCCACCGCGCCGCCGCCCCCCGCGAGCCCGCCGCUGGGGAGCAUGGAGAACAUCCCCUCGGGCUACGAGCCGGUGUCGCUGAUCGAAGCCCUGAACGGGCCGCACCCCGCGCGCGCGCCGCCCGCGCUCGCGCCCGCCAUCGCCAGCCCCGACACCGACACCGCCUCGCAGGCGGCCGAGAUCCUGAACCGCUGCAACCUCGAGCGCAGCUCGUCCACCAGUCUCGGCAGCGCGCUCAACAACACACAUGCUCUCACACCUGAGUUCCGCAUGUCGGUGCUGUUGGCGCGUGAGCAGGAUGGCAGACGUGAGCGCGCCGCCAGCCCGCUGCUGCGCGAGCCCGCGAGGGUCAGCCCCGAGGCUGUCAAUAAGUCAUCCCUAAGCCUGGAAUAUCCCGCGGAGGCGUCCGUCCACGAGCCCAGCUCCGAAGACGAGGGUUCCGCCGAGCUGGCCCCCGCGGAACCCGAGCCGGCCGAGGAACACGAACCCGACAGCGACGCCGAGCGACUCUCGCCUCUAUUGACACAGCCGCAACCACCAUUACAGCAUAACGGGGUGGGUCACCUGGGCGCGCGGUCGCGCACGCGCUCGCCGCUGCCGGCGCUCGCGCACAUCGACGACCCCGACCACCCCGCCUCCCCCCGCGCGUUUAGUUUGGACUGCCUAUGUAAAUCAAUUACUCUGAAAGAAAACCUCCCAAAUAAAACAUGUGAAAACACAAACUUUAGACUGUAUAGGUUCAAUAGGGUUGGUAAAAGUUGGUUGUUGGUGAAAGCAGCGAGCUCUGCGGGCUCGGCGGGGUCGCCGCCGGCCGAGGACUCGGACUAUUUCACGCCGGAGGACACUGCCACCACCAUUCUGACCGUGCCCAAGCACAAACAUGCUGAGCUGAUGAGCAACGGGCCGGUGGCCGGCGACGGCACUCCGCAGCGCUGGGCGCUGCCGCAUCGCGUCACUUCCUUGCCAGGCACGCCGCUCUCGCAAUCGUCAGUGCGUUCAUCAGGCGACUCUUACAGCUCCACGUCGUCGACUCGUCAGCUGCUGGCGGCCGCGCCGCUGCCCGCCGACACCGCGUGCUAGCGCCAACCGUGUGUUAUAACCGCGCAUGUUGCUAUACCGGGUAACACCUA